AUGUCGUCUUCAGCUGUCCGGGAACGUGAAGACGAUGAAGAACUUACUCGUUCACCCAAACGCAUCAAACUCGACGAGCUGACCGAUGAUGGGCCCAUCGCAGAUACCUCCCCGCUCGCGAGCGCGGCUGUUGCUGUUGCAGUUGAAAGCGUCCUUCCUCCUAGCCAUGCUCUCCUGGGCAUAGCACCUACGUUCUCAUCAAAUGGCCUUCGCCAGGUCCUUCAGACCGACGUUGGGAUCUCAGAGUAUAUAAGCCGGGACGUCCCUCCCAUUAGCGGUAUCAUAAAACAGCGGUUCACAGACUUCAUGGUGUUCGAAGUGAAUCAAGAUCACCAGGUUGUUCAUCUCAAGUCGUUGGACAUGCCAGAGUCAUCUUCGAAGAAGGGGAAAGGCACCAACGAGGGAGGUUCUAGCAUUGCCGAUGCCGAGGCCUCAAUGGCCCAACCCCAGGAGCCUGUCACCAGCGCUGAGCCGAAUACUACAGAGGAACUAUCUGCCAACACCGAAGUGAAGGACAAAGAUGAUUCCACUCUGACGGACACACCCUGGAACGAUCAAUUUACACAAAAACUAGCUCCGUAUCUUAGUGAGGCUUCUAUCGACCAAUUGAAAACAAUGUUCCUUGAAGGACGCGAGCCUCCGAGAGUGACUGAUAGUGGUUGGGGAGGUCGGCUUACCAAAACUACCGAGGACAGUACUGACACGCCAGAUGCGGCGAAGCCAUCAGAAGAAGUGGAUGCGUCGCAGAGCGAUGAUACAGGGAAAAGAGGCAAGAAUCGAGGCGGUCGCGGUGACCGUGGUGGUCGUGGCGGUCGCGGUGGUCGCGGACGAGGUCGUGGUGGCCGGCAGGGAGGAGAAAGAGAAGAUCACAGAAAAGUCCUCAGUGAGCCAAUUUCCUCCAAAACAGACCGGACGGCUCUGCAUCAAGUUGUUCGAGAGUUAUUUGGUGGGAAGCUUGACAGCGAGACUGAUAUGUCGACUCCUGGGGACGAUGGAUCUUGCAUAGUUAUAAAAUGGUCACGCAACGGUGGUGGUCGCGGCGGUGGUCGCGGUGGCCGUGGAGGUCGAGGCGAGCGCUUGGAUAGGGGCAACCAUCCUCCUUAUAUCCAUUUCACUCUCCAGAAAACCAAUCGUGAUACCCAAGAUGCUCUCGGCUACUUAUCACGUACUCUCCAUGUAAACAUAAAAGACUUGGCUGUUGCAGGGACAAAAGACAAACGCGGUGUCACUGUCCAACGCGUGUCGUUGCGACGCGGUAACAGAACCGUGGAAGAUAUAUGGAAAUCUGCAAAUCAGUUCAGCAGGCGGUCCAUGCAAGAUAUACUAUCCCAGCGUGGCGACCGUGGAGUCAGAAUAGCGGAUUUCAAUUAUCGCAAGGCUGGUUUAGAGCUGGGUAUGCUGAAAGGAAAUGCAUUCGUUAUCACACUUCGCAACGUUCAGGUAGAAAAUGUAGAAAUUCUUGACCGUGCCAUGAACUCCAUCAAGCAUAAAGGGUUCAUCAAUUACUACGGGAUGCAGCGCUUUGGGACGGCUGCAGUGCCAACUCACUCCAUCGGCUUGGCGAUUCUGAAAUCUGAUUGGCACAAAGCUGUCUCCCUCAUCCUCCAGAAUCGGCCUGGAGAACACCCCGAAGUUGUCGCAGCCCGUGAUGCGUGGUUAGUGGAUGGUAAUUUGGAUCGUGCCCUGGCAUUGAUGCCCAGACGGGUGGUCGCGGAGCGCUGCAUUCUCGAGAGCUACAAGAAGCAAGGUGGAGAAACCAGGAAUGCAAUGGGUGCCCUGUCUACGAUUCCUCGAAACUUGCGGCUCAUGUAUGUCCAUGCAUACCAAUCCUACGUGUGGAAUGCCAUCGUUUCGGAGCGAAUUCGCAUACAUGGUCCUGAUAAGGCGGUACCUGGUGAUCUCGUCUUCGAGAGCGAACCAGCUACCAAGGGAGGGAGUGAAGAAAAUGACGAGAUGGAAGUGGACGAUGAAGCGGGUAAUGAGAAGCAAGCCACCACAGAGGGAAAGGGCAUGAGCUCUCGUGAACGCAAGAAAGCUAGCAAGGCUGCUUACAUCGCCCCAAGUAUCAAAAUACUCACUGAAGAGGAUGCCCACCGGUACUCGAUAUUCGAUGUAAUAAUGCCACUCCCGGGUAGAGAUGUUGAUUACCCAGGUGGUACGCUUGGGGAGCGCUAUCGGGAAUUCCUGCGCUUGGAUGGACUCGACCCAGAUAACUUCAUCCGCAAACAAAAAGAGUACACUCUGAAUGGAUCCUACCGAAAAAUCAUCCAGGUUCCAAAAGAUCUCUCGUGGUCUAUACUUAGGUACACAGACCCAGACGUCCCGCUUGCACAGGCAGACGAAGACAAGCUCCUUGGAUUUGACCCACCAGUUAUCGUUGACGAUGGGAAAUUUCGCGCGCUCCAGAUCAACUUGACACUUGGGACGGCCGCGUAUGCCACGAUGGCAUUGCGAGAGAUUACCAAGACUGAGACAAGUUCACAUUUCCAAACUGGUCUUACUCAGGCUUCUGAAGACCAGCAGUUCCGAGGUGUAGUAGCAGGAGAUGUUGCAGAAUUGGAUGUCGACGACACAGAUAUGGAAGCAUCAAAUGUGUUGGAUUCAUAG